AAAUAAAAAAAACAAAUUCGUGUGUGCAACGCACGCAAAAAAAAAAAGCAAAAAAAAAGAACACGAAGUGUUUAUCAAGUGCUGAAACCCUAAAGGACUUGUUUGGUUAGAAGCUUAAGCCCCAUCUGCUUUUCUGCACAGCAAGCCCUUCUAAUCAAACCCCUCUCAAGAUGUCAGAUCGAUUGACUCGUAUCGCUAUCGUGAGUUCGGAUCGGUGCAAGCCGAAGAAGUGCAGGCAGGAGUGCAAGAAGAGCUGUCCUGUUGUCAAGACCGGUAAACUUUGUAUUGAAGUAACGUCCGCAGCUAAAAUUGCUUUCAUCUCUGAGGAGUUAUGCAUUGGAUGCGGAAUAUGUGUUAAGAAAUGUCCUUUUGAGGCAAUUCAGAUUAUUAAUCUUCCUAAAGAUUUGGACAAAGACACAACUCACCGUUAUGGUCCCAACACUUUCAAGCUCCAUAGGUUGCCAGUUCCAAGACCGGGGCAAGUUCUUGGUUUGGUUGGGACAAAUGGCAUUGGAAAGUCUACUGCUCUUAAAGUUUUAGCGGGGAAAUUGAAACCCAAUCUUGGUCGUUUUAAUAACCCUCCUGACUGGCAGGAAAUUUUGACGUACUUUAGGGGGUCUGAGUUGCAAAAUUAUUUCACUCGUAUUCUGGAAGAUAACCUAAAGGCAAUCAUCAAGCCACAAUAUGUUGACCAUAUUCCAAAAGCAGUUCAAGGAAAUGUUGGGCAAGUGCUGGAGCAAAAGGACGAGAGGGACAUGAAAGAAGAACUCUGUAUUGACUUGGAACUAAAUCAGGUCAUAGACCGUAAUGUGGGAGAUUUAUCUGGUGGGGAGCUUCAGAGGUUUGCAAUAGCUGUAGUUGCUAUACAAAAUGCUGAAAUAUACAUGUUUGAUGAACCCUCAAGUUACCUUGAUGUGAAACAAAGGCUCAAGGCUGCUCAAGUCAUUCGAUCUUUACUCAGGCCUAAUAGUUAUGUGAUUGUCGUGGAGCAUGACCUUAGUGUUCUGGAUUAUUUGUCGGAUUUCAUUUGCUGCCUAUAUGGAAAGCCUGGUGCAUAUGGUGUUGUUACUCUUCCAUUUUCUGUCAGAGAAGGAAUCAACAUAUUCUUGGCUGGUUUUGUACCUACAGAAAAUCUACGAUUUAGAGAGGAAUCCCUUACUUUUAAGGUUUCUGAGACACCACAGGAAAGUGCUGAGGAAAUAGAAACAUAUGCACGAUAUAAAUAUCCAACCAUGAGCAAAACCCAGGGUGGUUUCAAGCUCAAAGUGACAGAGGGUGAAUUUACUGAUUCUCAGAUUAUUGUGAUGCUGGGAGAGAAUGGAACGGGAAAGACAACCUUUAUUAGGAUGUUGGCUGGUUUAUUGAAGCCUGACACAGUGGAAGGCUCUGAUAUUGAGAUACCCGAGUUCAAUGUAUCUUACAAGCCCCAAAAAAUUAGUCCAAAAUUCCAACACUCAGUCCGACAUCUGUUACACUCGAAAAUUCGUGAGUCAUAUAUGCAUCCUCAGUUUGUGUCAGAUGUAAUGAAGCCACUUUUGAUUGAGCAGCUGAUGGAUCAAGAAGUUGUGAAUCUUUCCGGAGGGGAGUUGCAAAGGGUUGCAUUAUGUCUGUGCCUUGGGAAGCCUGCGGAUAUCUAUCUGAUCGAUGAACCUAGUGCAUAUCUUGACUCCGAGCAGCGUAUUGUUGCAUCCAAAGUCAUUAAGAGGUUUAUUCUUCAUGCCAAAAAGACAGCAUUUGUGGUUGAACACGACUUUAUAAUGGCAACAUACUUGGCCGACAGAGUCAUAGUGUAUGAAGGACAGCCAUCAAUUGACUGUGUUGCAAAUUCACCCCAAUCGCUUUUGACUGGAAUGAAUCUUUUCUUAUCUCAAUUGGACAUCACCUUUAGACGGGACCCAACCAAUUUCCGGCCCAGAAUCAACAAAUUGAACUCCGCCAAGGACAGGGAGCAGAAAAAUGCCGGGUCUUACUAUUAUCUGGACGACUAAGCAGGUUAUUGUUGUUCGAUAUCUUAAUGACUGGGAUCAGCUGUGUCUUGGGUCAUAUUAUCCUAUCCAUAUCAUUCUGAUUACAGUUAAAGAUUUUUGAGGUUUUCGUAGGGAUAACCAUGGAUGGCGAAGGAACUAGUCUAUACACCUAAACCCAGACCAGAAUGCUCUAGUCAGAAUUGGUCCACUAGUUGGGCAAUUUUCUGUUAUUUACUCUUUACUACUUAAUACCUGACCAUCCUUUUGUUCCCUCCUUACUGAAGUGGUGUACAAUGUUUUUUGUUUGGUGUACAAUUUUUUUGUUUGAUUAUAUUUAAUCUACAAAUUAUAAGUUGUCCUUGGAUA